UUCCACAUCCAUCCCUCCCUCUUCUCAAUCUCUUGAUAUCUUCUCUUUCUCUAGAGACUAAGGUGUUUUAAUAGUUCACCAUGGAAGAUACGCUGGCGGAGUUGGUGGAGAGUAAGGACGAAAGACAAACGUAUUCGUUGUGGGCCAUCCCAACGGAUGAUGUGUCCUGUAGGAUCAAGAAGCUGAUGGAAUGCCUUCGGGCCGAGUUCGGUGGACCCGAGAUCGAGCCCCACAUUACACUUACGGGGUCCAUCCGUAUGUCGCCCGAUGACGUGCUCAACAAGUUUGAAGCCUUACAGGAUCCUAUCCAAGGGUAUGUUCCUAAAGUUGAAGCUGUGAUUACCAGGAGGUCCUAUUACCAGUGUGUUUGCAUCCUCUUUCAGCAACCCUAUUACAAGAAGAUGUAUGAGAUAUUAGAUUACUGCUGCAGACAUUUCGACAUGUACAGUCGUGAUUUGCCGCACUUGGCCCUCCUUUAUGGAAAUCUGACAGAAGAAGAGAGGAAAGGAGCUCAAGAGAAAGUGAGUAUUCUGGAUGAGAGCAUUACUGACUUGAGCUUCCCAAUAGCUAGCGUUGCAUUAUACAAAACCGACUACCAAGAUAAAACUCUCAAAUCUUGGGAAAAGAUUGCAGAAAAAAUCCUACGACCGAGAUAAUGUUCCUUCCACUUCUAUUUUGUAGAUAUUUAUUUCAAGAUAUUCUGUACAAAAUAUCACUUGAAUCCGAUUUCAUUUGACCACUCAAUUGAAUUAGUGAAAUUAUAGUACUUUCUUGAA